AUGAAAGAUGUCAAGUCAAGAGUUGGUAAAGUGAAGUCAACUAGACUCAGGUUUAAGAAUCAAAAGACUACCAAACCCCUACAAAGAGAUGACGUGGAACCAAAUCAACAUCAAUCAGAAACAGAAGAUAAAGCAUCACAACAACAACAAUAUCGUCGUCAACCACAUUCCAAUCCAUCGUCACAUCAAAAGGAUGACUUCAUCGAAUGGGGACCUUUCAUUAAUGGAUACAGAUUCAUUGGAUCAAAGUCUUCAAAGGAUUCAUUACAUUAUCAACAAAGACAUUCAUUAUUAACAAAUGAUAAACAUAGUACUCAAAGUUAUAAUUGGUCAUAUAUGGAUCUCCCUGAGUAUAAGUCUGCUAAAGAUACUUUAGAGGAGAAGUACAAAGAUGUUAGAGAUGAUGAUGAAGAGUUUACUUAUGAUGAUUACUUCAAAGAAUGGGAAUAUAUCAAACAACAUGGUCUUCGAGACAUUGUAUUCCCCAUAGUUAAUCAAAAUGAUGAAUUGGAUCAGAAAAAUGUUAGGAAAUUCUUACAAACAAGUGUAAAUGAUGAAUUUGUAAAUAUUUUAAAGAUUGAAAGAAUUAGAUGGCAUCCUGAUAAGAUGAUACGAACAUUGAAAUUGGAUGUUAAUGAUGAUGUAUAUAAACAAUUGAGUGAAAAGAUUACUAAAACUUUUCAAAUCAUUAAUCAAUUAUGGGAGGAGUUUAAUAGUGAUUAA